AGCGGACAGCCGUGUUGUACGGAAGCGUAAAGCAAUUAUUGAGAAGAGCUAAUUCUCUCGCUGGUGAAAGACCGCGCGCAUACACAAUUCAUACGUUGACGUGUGUAGUUUCACCGUAGUUCAUAAUCGUUUGACGAAGAAAAUAAACGAAUAAGAAAAAGCAAUAACAGCACAGGAUAAUUAGACAUUCAUUCAGUUGCGAAUCUAGGAGGGACAGAAAGUUCGAAGAAGUGAGCGAAGUUUGACCGAAGUUGGGACUAGUCGCUAAGUGUCCAACGGACUUUUCGAUACCUUCUCACACCUCAUCACUCCGCGUUUAAACCGGAAGAAACUCUCGAGGAUAUCAAGAUGGCCUUUAUGAUGCCCGUUGUGAAAAACGAGUGGGAUAUCUACAAGACUAAUCGAAGCAGACGAUCCUCCGAGUGCUCGAAUCCUCAGGCUUGUCGCAGUCGCAAGGUUUCGGAGUGCUCCAAAUCCGAAGGACCUUCGCUGUCGACGUCGCCGGGUUCCGAUUACCUCACUUCCCCAGCUCAUCGACCGAUCCCACUGACCUCUCGCCAGUUCUCCCGAACUUCAUCCAGAGCCUCGCAAAGCUCGCUUCAAAGUCCGAGCAAGAGCACCGGUAGUUCACCGCCGAAGACCGGAAGCUCAAGUUCGUUGAACAAGUUCCACAACAGGCUCGUAGACAAGCUGAAACGCUCGCUGAAGAAAGCAGACGACAAUUCAGCAGACCAGCGGAACCUUUCGUGAGACAGUCAAGCGGUUUCGGGCCGGCAACCCGUUUCCGGUUCGAAACCAAUCGAGUUUCGUCGCCCCUCAGCUCCUUCCGGCUCCGGGACAAGUCUCAAAUUUUUGUCUCGCUCCUGUCCGGAUCCAGACCCGGACCCACCAGUCGCCUGGUGAACGGGGAUCCCGAGGGAUCCCCUCGCGUUCCUCUCCCUCGUCGGAGUUAUCCUCACGAUACGUCAAAUUUUGAAGAGAGAGAAACGAGUGUCGUUUCUCGGACGGCGUCCGUGACACGUUGCGAUGUAUGUCAAGAUCAAUCAAUCAAUCAAUCGGAAACUGCAGUACGUACACUGAGUAAGAGGAGAGCACGGUAAUGGCGUCAGGGAAAUGGCCAACUUUACGAAAACUUGAACAAUGUCAUCGGAUUUAAAGGAAAAUCGCAGAGAAGAAACGAUAAUCAACAUCACACCGUCGGUUUACCGAUAAAAGCUUUGAUUCUGCUGAUUGCUGCUGCUGCUGCUGCUGCUGCACCGAUGCACAUCUCAACUGCAGGCCUGUAUAUUCGUAUAAAGUAUAAGAUAUUUGAGUAUCGGGCAAACUAAGUAAAGAUCGGCUCUUUACGGAAGGCUUGAUCAAAAAUGGAAAAAAAGAAAAAAAAAAAAAAAAACUUAAACAUACGCAUAACAACCGGUCGUCAGUUGUUUCGAUGAGGUCGCCACUCCGCAGAGUCUCUCACUUACACUCAUCACUCCUUUCUCCCUCUUUUUACUCUUCUCUUUUCUUUCUUUUACCCAACCGACUGCCGUUCUUUCUUCCAUGUGCUCUCAAUCCCUCCGAUCAACUCUGGGGCUUCACCGUUCAAUAUCUGGUAAGAUUUUGCCUCGUUGUCUCUAGGUAUAGAUAUUAUGUAAGGAGGCAAAGGAAAAACAUCGCAUGAAGAGUAUAAAAUUGAUCGAUUAUUCGUUCCUGAAUAUUGUCCGAAGAAUAACGAAGGAUGAGUUAAAUUCAUAGCUUCUUUAUGCUAGAAGAAAAUUUCAGUCAUUAGGUGUGCACGAAUAUCGUUUAGUUCCUUUCAUCUCGGAUUUUCGCAAGCUAUUUGCAAUAUUAUGAGACGAAAAAUCGUGUUUGACGCUGGCGAUCGAAGAUAUCCGAAUAUUCGGAUACGUAUACCGAAUCUAUGAUACACCAUAUGUAAUAUAAU